GUCAAAAGCAGUGAGAGACUUUCUCUGUUUUGUUGUUUGAUUAACGUGAAUGACAUACAGAAGGAAUAUUAGACUGCUGUCACUUUAAGAGCUGCCCAGAUCCGAUUUACAGUAACACAUGUGUUUUCUUUCUCAGCUGUUUGCUUUCACUUAAGACCUACUGUGUUUACAAGGAUACUUGCAAAGACAGGCAUUUUUACACAUACUAGUGUGUGUAUUUAAUUAUUAAAGGCCUACAAAGCGGCAAAAAUAAAAGGUCAAUACUCCUGUGCUCUAUGUGCACCGUCUUCAUGAGUUCUUUUUCACUGCUGAUUAGAUUCCAAUGGCUUAAAAUCAUUUGUUUUUAAACUGUAAUGUUUAAAAACGUGUGCAAAUGGUAGGUUUUCAUGACUACGUAGCACAGCAAUUUCACAUGAGCAUGUAACUUUGGUAAAGACGAUAGUCCAAAAUCCCCUUAUCUCAAUUAUGUAAUACUGGUAAUUAUUUCUCUUUGUUUAUUGUACUACAUUAAAACAGUACAAAAUACAAUGAAAUGCAUAUACAAGCAUAUUCAUAUAAGAGAGAAUAUAAUUAACAGAAACAUUUACAAGCUAAGUAUUUAGCAACACUUUUGCCAAAGUAUGCAGGGACAACACCAUGAAGACAUUUCAAAUCAGUUGUGUGAGAUCAAGGUAGCAUGCAGUGAAGUCACUUAAAUUCCCUUCACUCUGGGAUUUGGAUGACAAUAGGUGAGCUUACCCAUACUAAAUGCCACAACAGACACAAAAAAAGAGGAAUGUGAAUUCUGUCCUGGGGAGAAUGGGCAGAGAAGAUUCUGAUUGGCUGAGGGAGCUGUCAGCACUGGGUUUUGAAGCUUGUGUUCAGAUUAAAUGAGAGAAUAAGAGCAACGUGGCAGUAAAAAGAGGGGCCAAGAUAGCAGAAAGAACUCACUUUAAGCCUUGAGAAAAGCCAUCAUGACGCUCAUUGAGAUUAUAUUCAUUUUGACUGGGACUUGUGCUGUCCUGGUUUUUGGAGGGAAAUUAGUAUGCCUGCUUAUGAUGCUUGUCCCAAAGCUCUUCUGUCCUCUUCCUGAGACUUUUUUCACCUCUCUGGGGAAAUGGGCAGUGGUCACUGGAGGGUCAGAUGGAAUAGGCAGAGCAUAUGCUGAAGAGCUUUCAAAACUAGGUAUGAACGUGGUCAUCAUCAGCAGAAACCAAGAGAAACUUGACAGAGCAGCAAGGAAGAUCGAGCUCACUACAGGACGGGAAGUCAAAGUAAUAGCUGCUGACUUCACCAAAGAUGAUAGAUAUGGGUACAUUCGAGAAAACAUUGAGGGUCUGGAAAUUGGUAUUUUAGUGAACAAUGUCGGGAUUCUGCCCAGCCAAAUACCCUGCAAGCUACUUGAAACAUCUGACCUGGAAGAAAGAAUACAUGAUGUUAUCAACUGCAAUGUGAAAGCAAUGGUUAAGAUGUGCAGAAUUGUGCUACCAGGAAUGCAGCAAAGAGGAAGAGGAGUCAUUCUGAAUGUGUCCUCUGGCAUAGCCAAAAUACCCUGCCCCAUUUACACCCUUUAUGCAGCAUCCAAGGUUUUUGUUGAGAGAUUUUCACAGGGUCUUCAAGCAGAAUAUAAAUCCAAGGGAAUUAUUAUACAGAUUGUGGCUCCAUUUGGGGUUUCAACACAAAUGACAGGACAUCAGAAGCCAGAUAUGGUCACAUUCACACCUGAAGAGUUUGUGAGGAGCUCACUGAAGUAUCUGAAGGCUGGUGACCAAACAUAUGGCAGUGUCACUCACACUAUACUGGGCGGGAUUGUGCAGUCCAUUCCCACCUGGGUCCUGCAGAGCGAAGCAUUUCAGCAUCAUUUUAGGGAAUAUGUAAAGGAGAGGGUCGGAAGCUGAGAGCUGUCAUUCUUUAAGUAUAUGUACAGUAUUGAACAUUUGAUACUUAAGACAACAAAAUGGUUGGGUUUGUUUGCACAAAUCAUGUCAAUACUUUGUU